UUUGUGUGUAGCCGCUUUUUAGUGUAAUUUCGCAGAGCUACGCGGGAUAAGUGGACGAUAACGCGAUAAAUAUGUAAAUCCUCUCCUAUACCGGUAUGCAGUUUUAGAUUAAUGUACUGUGUCUAAAAUAAUAACUUGUCAGUAUGAUGAAAAUAAUGUCAGAAGGAGUAAUUGACAUAGCUGGUAAUCUAAGAGCAAUUCAAGCUGCCAUCAAAGAGACAACUGCACGGAGAGCAAACAAUGGGGCUGAACCAACACUUGUGGCUGUGAGCAAAACAAAAUCUGUUUUAAUGAUCAAAAAAGCGUAUGAUGCUGGUCAGAGGCAUUUUGGAGAAAAUUAUGUGAAAGAACUUCUUGUGAAGGCAAAAGAUGCUGAUCUGAAUCAUCUUUGUCCAGACAUAAAGUGGCACUACAUAGGGAUGUUGCAGAAAAACAAAAUAGCACAGCUCAUUGGUUGCCCCCGUUUAUAUAUGGUUGAAACAAUAUCAUCAUUUGAAGUGGCAGACAGCUUUGAAAAAAAGACAAAAGAAGGCACGUCCUAUCAAGUUAUGAUUCAAGUUAAUACCAGUGGUGAAGAUAGCAAAAGUGGGAUUUUACCUUCAGAAUGUGCGAAUCUAGCAUUUCAUAUUGUUGAAAAUUGUCCUAAACUAAAACUCCGCGGAGUAAUGACUAUUGGAAGCUUUGGACAUGAUUAUUCAAGUGGGCCUAACCCAGACUUUGAAUGCCUUAGAAAUUGCAGAGAAAAGGUAUGCGAAAGAUUAAAAAUUCCAUUAGACAAUAUGGAAUUGAGCAUGGGUAUGUCUGCAGACUUUAAAGAAGCCGUUCUAGCUGGUAGUACUAAUGUUCGUGUUGGUAGUCAAAUAUUUGGUGCUAGAGAAAAGUAAAUCAUGUUCAAUGACGUAAAGGUCAUUCAUUAUUCCGCAAAAUGAUAGUUAAUCUCAAAAGUUCAUUUUCGUUCAAUGUUGCAUUUUAGAAAGAAAUUUGUUUUAUUCCUAGAAUAAUUAUGCAUUUCGUUCACUAUAAUUUAUCAGAGGGUUUUUAAUCAGUUUGCUUUCGGAAGUUCAUAAAGCAUUAUUCGUGUGUAAAAUCUAUCCAGGCAAUAAUGUAUGAGACAUAUUUUAAUGUAAAACGGGACUAGUAUUCAAGCUCUACCCAUUGCUCCCUUUUUCUUUCAAAGUAAUGAGUAAAUUAAUUUAAAAUAUCUUCAUCAAUCAAUCAAUUAUAUUUUGGUCACUCUGAAAGAAACAACAAACAGACAAACAAAAUGCAGAGGACCUGGAGGACGGGCAUAUCCUAAUAAAAACGGUAAAAACGUACGAGUAUGUGCCCAACUGCCCAUCCCCAUGAACAGUCAAGUAAAAUCGGGCAAUACCUUUUAAAUCAAUUUUAAAAUGUGAGACACUGAUCAAUUAAAAAAAGAACAAUAAAAUUGUGGCUGCGGUUUUUAUGUGGUCAUUACAGAAAAAAUAGAUUGUUCAGUGAAAUUUUAUCACA